AUGGAAGAUCUAUUUUCACUUCCGUUCGAGGAGUGGAUCCAGCAACCACAGGUCAUAAUCGGACUGGUGAUGGCCGGGAUCACUCCGUUGGCUAUGCCGGCGUUGGUGCGUUCAGAAUUCUGUCUCAACAGUUGUUCAUCACACGGCUGGCACAAGGACCGCACAUACAACAUGGAGGUCGUUCGUACGACAGGACUUCUUUGGGAGGGAAGCUGCCUCUUCUUGCUAGUGUAUGGUUGUGCCAAGUACACCACGGCUUGGGCAAUGGUCGGAGUGUUUAUCUAUUCCUUUGUGAGAUCCAUGGCGAUGAUUGCUGUGACUUACGUCCUGGCCAGAAAAAGAAUGGCGCAGGGUGUCACUGAAGACACUCCACUGGAGCCUGUGAGCGUGUACACCGACAUUGAAGCCGGCACAUUCCUCAAAUGCCUGAGCGUAUUCGUGCUUCAGAUGCUGCUCUACGUGCUGCUCUUGCGCUGGAUAGCUUCGAAGUCCUUCAUCGAGGAGGAUGCGACAGACGAGGAGCUGGCACGUUAUGCGGCAGGCUCCAUAGUCGCCACCGUUCAGCGGACGAUGAGCCAAGGGUUCCGUUCAGGUGAGCUUGAAGCAUUUUGGAUGACGUAUUUCUUCGGGUGUGAGGGAAAGUACCGUCGACCGUAUCACUAUCCAAAGAUGCGCCUGGUGAUGUCGUGGAUUGUGAAUGACCUUCUUUCCACCUCCGUCUUCCUUCUGCUACCUCUCGUAACCAUGGGUUCCGACAAUGACAUGGAGUUUGUCAAGGACUGCACGGCAGUUCUUUUCAUAUCCCAGUUGGACAGUUUCGAGGCAGACCUGGGCGAAGGGCAUUUCUUGCAUCCAGAUACAGGAAACAGAGACAUCAAUCCGGAUAGCGAAAGCAGCGACGCCGCUUCCCCCAAGGCUGCUGCAACAGACGUGGGAGGAGAUGCCUUGGAGCAAUCCAAGCCAGUCCAGCUGUAG